AUGAUAAUCAAAUCGUUUUUCCGAUAUUAUUCGUUGAAUCCAACAACUUCGAAAUUCUCAGAAGUUCAACAAAAAUGUUUGCAAUUAGCAGUUAUUGGAUCUCCGAAUGUUGGAAAAUCACUUUUGACAAAUAAUUUGGUUCGAUGUCCAUUAUCAGCUGUUAGCAGUAAAAUGGAUACGACAACCAGGGUAAGAAGUAGAAAUUUGAAGCUCUGAAGAUUUCACAAAGAUAUAAUUAUUUUCUUCAAUUUUUCCCGAAUUUCUCAAAUAAAAAAUAAAUAUUUAGAAUAUAUCAGCAUCAAUUUGUGAGGAUUCAACGCAAUUAGUUUUUGUUGAUUCACCGGGCGCAGUUUCAACUUCGCAUGUUCGAGAAACAAUGAAACAACGUGCAUCACAAGGAGAAAGAUUAUUGCAAGAUCCGGAAAAAGCAUUGAGAAAUGCUCAACAUAUUUUAGUUGUACAAGAUUCAACAGCUCCCGGAAGUUAUAUUCAUCAUAGAGUUUUGCAUAUGUUACACAGAUAUUCGCAUGUUCCAAGUACUCUUGUUAUGAAUAAAAUUGAUUUGGUUACAAGAAGAAGUGAUUUGUUGCCACUUGUUGAGAUUUUGACAAAUGGACAAUUAUCGGAUAAUCAAAAAAUUGCGACAAAACCGGCACAAAUUGGAAGACUUGGAAAAUCAUUGACAACGGCGAAUUCAAAUUGUUCGAUUGUUCCAACUGAUGAAAAAUGGCAAAAUUCGUAUCGAAAUUUAUUACAAAAACCAACUUUCAAAUGUUCGUUUUCUGAAACAAAAUCACUUUUCCGAACCAUUUAUGGAUGGAGCGGUUUUGAACGUGUAUUUUUUGGUAUGUUCAUUUCAAUCAAUUUGAAAAAAUGUUUCAGUAUUUUUUCCUAUUUUUUAUUUUUCAGAAUAUUUCUCAAUUUUCAACAAUUUUCCAAAAAAAUUCAAGUUUUCCCAAAUAAAAAUCGUAAUUCCGAAACUCUCAUAAAACAAAAUAUGAAAACAAUUUUGUUGCAGUUUCAUCAUUGAGUGGUGAAGGAAUCGAUGAUCUUCGAACACAUUUAUUGAAUAUUUCUCCAAGCGGCGAUUGGAAAAUGGAACAAUCAACACCAACUUCUGAAUCAGCUCAACAAUUGUGUAUUGAUUCAAUUCGAGCUGCUGUUUUGGAUACAACUCCUUCAGAUGUUGCUUAUACAAUUGUUCCGAAAAUUGUUGAAUGGGAUGAAAAUGGAGAGGUUUGACAUUCUAUCAAAUAAUUCAAAGGUUUAUUCAAAUUCAGGUUCUUCAAAUCGUCGGUGAACUAAAGUGCAAAAAAUCAAGAGAUGGUGUUCUGGUGAUUGGAAAAGGUGGUCGAAGAAUAUCUGAAAUUGGUCGACGUGUAAAUGAACAUCUUCAUUCACUUUUCCAACGACAAUUAUAUUGUCGAUUGAUUGUUACUCAUAAUGGUAAACUUAUCACAAAUUCAUAG